GGCGUUAAUCACAGUUUGUCGCUUGUUUAGUAUACAGCAUUUAAGCGGGUCCGAUUAACGCCAGUAGAUUGCCUUACGUAGUUUUAUUUUGUACCACCAACUGUUGACGAUUUCAUCAUGAAGUUCUUAAUUGUGGCCGUGUUGGCACUGGUUUCCAUUGUUUCCGUCCAGUCCCAGAAUAAGUACACCACUAAAUACGACGGAGUCAAUUUGGAUGAGAUCCUGAAGUCCGACCGGCUGUUCAACAACUACUACAAAUGCCUGAUGGAUCAAGGCCGUUGUACUCCAGAUGGAAACGAACUUAAGCGGGUGUUGCCCGAUGCACUGAAAACCGCAUGUGAAAAGUGCAGUGAAAAGCAGAAAGAAGGCACCGAAAGGGUUCUCCAAUAUCUAAUUACAAACCGACCCAAGCAGUGGGCUGCUCUGCAGCAGAAGUAUGACCCCGAUAAUGUAUACGUCAAUAGUUACCGUGAAGAAGCUAAGAACCGUGACAUCAAGGUGUAUUCCUUCGAAAUGAACUCAAAACUAAGUUUUCUGUUGGUUGCUGUAUGUUUUGCAAUUGUAGUGGUAGCGGAAGAGGACUACAUCACAAAAUAUGAUAAUAUCGAUCUGGACGAAGUGUUCAAGAGUACCCGCCUUUUAACGAACUACAUGAACUGCUUGAAAAACCGCGGACCCUGCACUCCAGAUGGAAAGGAAUUGAAAGAAAAACUUCCGGAUGCACUUGAAAACGAUUGCAUACACUGUUCCGAGAAGCAGAAGCAGGGAGCCGACAAAGUAAUUCACUUCAUUAUUGAAAACCUGGAGGAGGAUUUUAAAGUUCUAGAAUCACUGUACGACCCGACUGGGGAGUAUCGACGCAAGUAUCUGGACGAUCGACAAAAGUUCCGACAGCCGACGAGCGAAGAAACCACCACCGCCACCAUGCCGGACGUUGCGAGUUCCUCCGAGGAAGCAGUAAAUGGUGAAGAUCAUGGCCAGUCUGGGGGACGCUAACAAUUGGAUAAGGCGAUGAAUUGCCGCCAUGAAAUGAGCGGAUCAUUAUC